AUAUGGUGCAAUAUGAUAUACAUGUGACUUUAUACAAUUAUUAAACACUUGAAUCUUUAAAUUUUGAUGUUAUUUCAAAUACUGAAAUAACUUUUUAAACAUAAAUCAAUCAAUAUAUAUUUAUGUGAUUAUGCUAUUGUUAAUGGCGUUUUGCGUUUAUACCUACCUAAAAAUGGUUGAAUUGUGAUCUAUAUAUAGAUUCUUCAUUUUUGGAAAAUAACUUGUAAUUCACACGGUUGUAAACUAUAAAACACACAAUAGAUAAAAAGUAGCAGAGGGGUAUAUUUUACAGACACGGACGAUAAAUGCGAGUUUAUUUUUGUUAAAAUGGAUUUAGAAGACACUUAUUCGUAUCCAUUUGUUUUUGACAAGAUAUCACCGGACAGCGAUAGUACACAAUAUAUCAUUUCCACGAAAUUGCUAGACUUCGAAAUAUCGGAACCAGGCGGAGAAUGGGAAAGUAUUGCAUAUAGCAGUCCUGUUUUAGAGGCAUGGGGACGUUGGAAUCCUGAAAUAAGGCAUUCUGUUGACGAGGCUCUCGGUACCUUCUCCGGCCGUAAAGAAAGAAUAGAACAGAUCGUUGACUACAUGACAGGUCGUAUGAUACAGGUAACAUCAGAAGACUUGUUUAGUUUAAUACGUCUAGCUGACAUGCUGCUAAUUGAUGACCUGUAUAUGUAUUGUAAAGAACGCAUAAAAAACCUUGCACUUACUAAAAGCAACUUUUACAAAGUACUCCAAGUUUGCUCUUUAUACGGAUUCGAACAUGAACAGAUUGAUGAAUUCAUUCGAUGUAAUCUAAUAGAACUUUGCAAGGAAACAGAUAUCUUAAAGAUAGAUCCAGCAUCUGUAGAUAUACUUCUGACCGAAGACGAUCUGUGUUAUUGGCCGAUGCAAAGCCGAUUUGAAAUGGUAAGAGACUGGUGUGAUGUUCAUGGAAUUGAUGCGUUCUUUGAACGAUGGUUUGACUUCUUAGAUUUAAAUAAAAUGGACGGAUACUACUUAAACAAAGUUGUCAAAAGAGACUUCUUUGUAAGGAUGGCACCUAAAUGUUUACAUAGAGUAGAAGAUCAUCUUACUUUGAGGAACGAUUCACCUGUACCAUUUGUUUUUACCCUCAAUGUCGAGCAAACUGGAUCAAAUGUCGUUGGAUUAAACCUUGAAGAUAUGAAUCUUUAUAGAUUUAACUUUCCAGACAAAAUGAUGAACGCUACUUGUAUACCAUGUUUGGGGGUAUCUGGGGAAGUGUUAUCCUUUGAAGAAUCAAAACGGCGCAUAUAUGUAUAUGACAUUAACAGUGGUAUUUGUAAAGAAAAGUGCAUUGUUUCCAGGGGGGAUUAUCCAUCUGAUAUCAGCCACAUAUUGGAAACAAACAAUAGCUUAAUAAUUAUUUCAAAGGGGUUGUGUUCGAAAUAUCAUGGUAGUGCAAGGUAUCCAGGCAUCAAAGAGCAUACAAUGGGCUCAGUAUUGUAUCGAAGCGUCAACGACAAUGGAACGAUAAUUGAGAUAGAACCACUAAUGUCAUUAGCAUUUAUUGUGAGCUGCGCAUGUUACAGUCAAUCAAUGAUUGCUAUGACAACAGCGACAUAUUCAAAAAGGUCAAACUUGUACUGCUUUAAUCUUGAAACAAACAAAAUGACGGUCAUUAAUCUACCUUUCUAUGAAAAAGAGAAUUGCAGAUUAUUCGAGGCCACAAUGGUAAAGUGUUUGCUACCUGUGCAUGACAAGAUUCUUGUUUUGGCUAGGAUGACUUCCAUGUUGUUGUCAAUUAACAAAGAAACGGGAUCCUACAUUGUUCUCGAUAGAACCUGCACAAAUUUUACACCAUCCGAACAUGAAAAUCCGAAAUACGUGGUUUUGUCAGAUCUUUUGGUAGAAUUAUAUGCAAGAAUUGUGCGCCUUUAUCGUAAAGAUAAAGAAAGGUGUUCUUUUGAGAUGUUGCGAGUUUUUAAAGUUGAUAGAUUAAACUUUAAUUUUAAACCAGUAACUUGUGGCUAUGUCAAAAGGACAACACCAGUAUGUCACAUAUUGUGUCCCCAUUGUGACCCAAAUGCCAAGGAAAAAAAAGAAGAAGACAAACGCGGAAUGAAGAGGAGGAAAAGAAGAGUCAAAAGAACAGAAUAGUGGUAUAGAAUAGAUAUGACUCUGGUGAUUUUAAUGACUCUUAUGAUGAUUACAGUGAUGACUAUUACAAUGA